CCCCCCCCCCCCCACCCCCCCCUCUCCUCUCCCCUCUUAGAUUGUUGAUUGUUGUUGCCCAAGCGAUGGAGCUGAGGCCAGGGAUGUCGGCUCUGGUCACCGGAGGCGCCUCCGGAAUCGGUAAAGCGCUUAGCUUGGCUCUUGCUCAGAAUGGUAUUUUUGUGACUGUUGUUGACUACUCUGAAGAGAGGGGAAAAGAAGUUGCUUCCUUAAUUGAAAAAGAGAGUAUAAAGUUUCACCCAAAACUAAAGUUUCCUUCUGCAACGUUUAUUAGGUGUGAUGUUACUAAUACAAGAGAUUUAUCCGCUGCCUUUCAAAAGCAUCUGGAGACAUAUGGAAGUCUGGAUAUUUGUAUAAACAGUGCUGGGGUUGGUACAGACACACGGUUUGAUAAAGAUUUAUCUGAUGGUAAUGCUACAUGGAGGCGUACUAUCAAUAUUAACUUGACUGCUGUUAUUGAUUGCACUCGUAUCGCGAUCCAAGCAAUGCGGAUGCUUAAAAAGCCGGGCGUCAUAAUCAAUCUUGGUUCUGCAUCGGGUCUGUAUCCAAUGUUUGCUGAUCCUAUCUAUUCUGGCACUAAAGGUGGCAUCACUUUAUUUACUAGAUCUCUUGCUCCAUUGAGUCGUGAAAGAAUCCGUGUCAAUGUUCUCUGUCCUGAGUUCGUUGAAACUGAGUUGGCUUUUAAGAUGAGUCCUAAACAUAUUGAAUCACUUGGUGGCUUCAUCCCCAUGGAGAUGGUUGUAAAAGGUGCAUAUGAGCUUAUUAAAGACGAGAGCAGGGCUGGGGCUUGUCUAUGGAUCACUAAGCGUAGGGGUAUGGAGUAUUGGCCUACUCCUAUGGAGGAGAGAAAAUAUAGAGUCAAAUCAUUCAAGUCAACAAGAAGCUUGACAUACGCUGCACCUAGCAUCGAGAUACCGCAGGCUUACAGUAAAGUAAUUGUACACACCCUUAAUCAUAAUUUCAGAAACGCAACCAGAGUUGUUCAAACACAGUUGACUUUUCCCCUCAAAGCACAUCAUGCCCUUGUCAAAGUCAUAUAUGCUGGUGUAAACGCAAGUGACGUAAAUUUCAGCUCUGGGCGUUAUUUUAGCGGCAACAAUAGAGAUGUCACUGCGCUUCUUCCAUUUGAUGCUGGUUUUGAGGCUGUCGGCUUAAUUGCGGCUGUUGGAGAUUUUGUCACCUUGAAAGUUGGCACCCCUGUUGCUUUUAUGACUUUUGGCAGCUAUGCAGAAUUCACAAUGGUUCCUGCAAAACAUCUACUUCCUGUGCCCAGGCCAGAUCCAGAGGUUGUUGCAAUGCUUACAUCUGGUUUGACGGCUUCAAUUGCUUUAGAAAAGGCUGGGCAGAUGGAAUCUGGACAAACAGUUCUUGUUACAGCAGCAGCUGGUGGGACUGGACAAUUUGCAGUUCAGCUAGCAAAAUUGGCUGGAAAUAGAGUAGUUGCUACAUGUGGAGGUGCUAAAAAAGCUGAACUAUUGAGCUCCCUGGGUGUUGAUCGCGUUAUUGAUUAUAAGAAGGAAGAUAUAAAACAUGUCCUGAAGAAAGAAUAUCCUAAAGGAGUUGAUAUUAUCUAUGAAUCCGUUGGGGGUGAAAUGUUUGAUCUAUGUUUAAAUGCACUAGCAGUUUAUGGACGGCUAAUUGUAAUAGGAAUGAUCUCUCAGUACCAAGGAGAACAUGGAUGGAAGCCAUUGAACUAUACUGGGUUGUGCGAAAAGAUUCUAGCAAAAAGCCAAACUGUGGCUGGCUUUUUCCUAGUUCAAUACAGUCACUUUUGGCAGGAGCAUCUUGAUAAAUUAUUUGAUCUCUUCUCCUCAGGAAAGCUUAAGGUCGCCGUGGAUCCGAAGAAAUUCAUUGGUGUCAACUCUGUAGCAGAUGCAGUCGAAUAUCUGCAUUCUGGUGCUAGCCUUGGCAAGGUAGUGGUAUGUAUGGAUCCUGCAUUCAGCCAGCAAACUUCAAGAUUGUAAGUGAUAGAUCUCAUCUAUAGUGUUGGGAUAUGUAAGUGUCCUAUAAAGUAUGAACCAAAUAUUUAUGGGAUAUUAUUGAUGCAAAACUUCUCAUUAUCAAGCAAUUCCGUUGUUCCUUGUGAGCUGCCAAACAAGAAAGGUAUUACAGAAAUUUCAUGAACAGGUGAAAAAUAAAUGAAGAUAUGGCAAAAAAAAUUGGAAGUCGUAUGACUUCGAAAUAUGUUAGGUUAUGUAAA